AGAACGGAGAUCAGAACUCAAGAAGAGAAAUGGAACUAGCAAUACCAACGUCACCGGAAUUUGGGGAUUUCAAGUUCGGAAGCACCUGUUCUACACCUUACAUUAGUGCUCCUUCCACACCCAAACGUUUCGGGGAGUUUUACCACAGUGCUCCAACUAGCCCUGCUCGUGCCUCUGAUAUCUACCAUGGCUUCAAUGAUUUGUCUUCCUCUGCAAUUCCAUUUGACUGGGAAGAGAAGCCCAGGAGGCACAAAUCCAAGAACGAUGAUGAUGACGACGAAGAAGAAGAAGCUUUCUUCGACGACGAUUUCGCCUUUGAUUUCAGUGGUCAGAAUGAGAGAACCUCUCUCUCCGCCGAGGAGCUUUUCGACGGAGGCGUAAUCCGACCUCUGAAGCCUCCUCCUCGUCUACAACUAGGCGACGAGUCUUCAACACGGAAUACCUCUGUUUCGUCUCCGAGAUCGCCCAUCGCUCAGGGGAAGAAGAUGAUCCGUGACGCAUUCUCGCCAAGGCAGAAGAAAAAUAUCGAUCCAUUCGCUGGUGCAAUUGAACAAACACGUAAAGGGUCAGAUAAAUCUCAAAAUCGAGGCAGAGAAAGAGAACCCAUUCCGAUGUCUUCGAGGUCUGGGCGUAGAGGGGCCAGAUCACACUCUCCCUAUAGGGUCCCAGAAUUCACGUGGGAAGAAGAACAGAAGCAUCAGCAAGAGAACAUGAAGUCAGAAUCAUCGAUUUCGAAACAAGCUUCGUCUUCCUCUUCAACUUCUUCUUCGUCAUCUUCAUCUCUCAAGAGCUCUAAGAAAUGGAGAUUAAGGGAUUGGCUGUUGUUUCGAAGCGCAUCAGAAGGUAGAGCAUCGGACAAAGAUCCAUUAAGGAAAUACACGGUUUUGCCGAAGAAACACCAGGAAUCUACAGAAACCAUUGGCUCGCCGGCCAGAUCAAGCCCGAGGAGGAAAGGACCGGUUGUUUCACCUCACGAGUUGCAUUACAAGACGAACCGAGCGGUCUCAGAGGAUAUGAAGAAGAAGACCUUCUUACCAUACAAACAAGGGCUAUUGGGUGUGGCCAGGGGCUUUGGUUAUUUUGGAAGUGGAUGAUUGAUGGAUAAUGGCCUUUACCAUCUCCUCCCUUGUUAUGGGUUGCACAGAGUCCAUGGCUGUGCAGCUGAGCUUGGGAGAUAUUUUGAAAUUCUUUUUGCUGUA